UGGCUGCAAGAACAGAUACUAAUGGAGGAGGGAAGAUAGAUGCAAAUAAAAAAGAAUCAUCGGUCAUAUGAUGUGUACAACCUGAGUCAAAGACCCAGUAAAUCCACAAUAUACGUGAAGGGCCCGAAGUGGACAAAUCUAUUGAAGGAGAGACUGAAACAAUAUUAGGCUACUGAAGAAGCUUCUAAGUUGAACAAUAGAGGUUUUGAUUGAGAAUAAGCGUUAUGUGGUGGAUUUUGAAGGAAAUAGUGGAGAGUUUAUUCGCAUCACAAAAUGAAAUCAAUUUGGAUCUUUUUCUACAGAGGAGGGUUGAUAUGGUUGAAGGAUUCCAUUGAUUGUGCCUUGCGAUAGAAUAGUAAGGAAGUGUGUCUUAAAAAACGUAAGGAGAAUUCAUUUUGUUUAUGGAUUGAGGUUGAAUCUAGUAGGUUUGGUGAAGAAUAUAUGAGGAGGAAGGAUGGGAUUGAUAAUACCCAAGGGUGUCACUGGGAGGGGAUGUGAAAUGUUCAAAAGGUUUUUAGAGAAUGUUAUACAGGGCAAUAGAGGGCAGGAGAAUAUGAAUAUUGCCGGCAAGAAUAACAGGGGAAUGAGUGUUACCACUGGGAGGAAAGCAAAUAAAGUUAUAUUCUUCCGCUCAGAUGCUACAAAGGUUGAGGAUAUUUACAGGAACGAAAAGUGUUUGUUGUCGAACUCUGUUUCUUUAACAUUGCAGAGGUGGCAACCAAUUGUGCCAAAACAAGGCGACUGCUAUGGUGGUUUCAUUGAUGUGGAUCAUGAACUAAGAACCAUGAAAUUCUAUUUCAGGGUUUUUUCGAAUGAGGGGAGAUUCAAGCAUGAUGAACAAGGGCAGUUGGUUGAAGAAGGUAGCACAAACUAUGGGUGCACUGGGUGCAAGGUUGAAGACGACAGGGAAAGGGUUGAAGGGGUAUGUGUCACAAGGGGAGGGAAGGAUGCAAAGAAGUCUGGAUUGUUCACGGCCCAAAUUACCAGGGGCCCAGAGCCCAGUAUCUUUAUGUCAAAGGCUGUAAUACCUAUGGCUAUUAUUCGUAAAAGCUGUGGAGACGAGGAUAAGGGGUGCGAUGAAGACGCCGAAGAAAAUCUAAGGCGUCCGAAUGAGGGGUUCAAAUUGAGGGCAAGAAAGGGGAAAAGGGUUGAAACUAAUGUCGCGAACAAUUUCAAUGCCAAGGAUUUAAGUGAAGACUGUGCAAAUGUCAGAGAAGAGUUCGUCGUUGGAAAUUUUGGGUUGGAAGAUGAUGUACAAGGAUGA